AUGAGCCAUGCAGAGAUGCCAUGGCUGCAAGUCCAGGUGUGGACACCACGUGUGCGUCGUGGCAGCAGUGCUUGCAGACGUUUACCUGUGAUGGCUGCCGCGAUGGUAGCCAGUGCGAUGGUGACGCCUGAGCUGACAAGGCCGGUUGCCUGGGCGUCGAGCCGAACACCGUCCACGCCCAGGAGCCACCGUGGUCUUAGAAGAGGUGGCAGGAGAGGUUCGAGGCCGCGCAGGCGAGGACGGAGGCCAGUGCCUGGAGCCGACGACCUCGGGCCGGAGGAGGUGCCAAUGUUUGCAACCGACCCGGAGGCAAGGGCUCGACGUCGAAAGCUGCUGGUCAACAGCGGCCCAGCGACACAGCUUCUUAUUGGGGACGCCAUUGGUGAUGCUUUCGGGGCUAUCAUCGAGAUGCAAGAUGCGUACUGGAUUCGGGAAUUUGUGACAUUCGAUCAGUGGCCCAAGAAUCCCAUGCGCAGGUCUGAGUGGAACACGAACUCAGCCUGUGGCAUGUACACUGACGACUGCGAGAUGACGGUGGGAUUGAUAAAUGGCCUUCUCACCCACGGCCUGCAGAUCAGCGCCGCAGACAUGCUCGAGUCCUGGCAGGCUGAGUGGGACUUGGCCAAGAGACGGCCCCGGCCCGCGCCUCCCGGAGCAGAGAGGCACGGCCACGGCAGCAUCAAGGGCUACUUCCGCGGAUUUCGCGACAUUGAGGAGGUCCGCAGACUUCAGUCGGGAAAGGAGGAUCCGGGAAACGCACCUCCAAUGCGGGCUCUACCAUUGGCUUUCAUUGAGAACAACUCCCUCAGAGAGAAGCUGUCCGUGAUGAAUGCAAACUCCACGCAUCCGCAUGCGCGAGCACGUGCAGCGAGCUUCCUAGUGGCAGAGGGUGCCCGGUGGUUGAUCGUGGAGCGCGGCGACCAGAAGGAGGUCAUACGCAGUGCCAUGUCAAGGCUGCAGAACAGCAGUGUCAGUGACCGGGCCACAGAGGUGCAUUUGCAGAAGGUCGAUGAGCUGGAGGACUAUCACGACUGGGGUGGCCGCUUCCGGAAAAUGCCUGCUCACAGGCACGAGCUGCUUUGCGGUCCACAGCCGUGCCCCCCAGCUGAUGGCAUCGGAGCUGGAGAAGAUGGCUCCAGCAAGAUGCAUGGCCUUUGGUCCGAUGCCAUGAGAACUGCAGCUGUCGUGCUGUACCUCUUGAAGCAUCAUCGGGGCCCUUUAGACAUUCUCAGGGCAUCGGUCGACAUCGGCGGCGACGUCGAUUCCAUUGCCGCGCUGUGCCUGGGGGUUGUGGGUGGCUCGGUUGGCUUGGAUUUCGGAGAGGAUCACGGUUUGCCUUGGUUCCUUCUUGAAGAAGUCGAGGGUGUGGAAUAUCUGCAUGCCAGAGGGAAGAAGUUCGAGGAGUGGAUUGGAAAGCAGCAGACAGCAUGA